GCGAGCACCGCCUCAGCCCAUCUUCCCGCGGCCUCCCGGCGGAGCCGCAGCCUCGGCCCGGCCCCGCAACAGCGCUCCGCGUCCCUAGCAACAGCCGCCGCCUGCUGCCAGACAGCUCCCGACCAGCCGCCGGCUGCAGCGGGGCUCCCCUGGGCUCUCCCCCCGCUCGGCAGCCUCCGGACAGACGCAGCCAGGCAGGGGCUGCAAACAAGCCCUGGUGGGGAUGCAGAAGAAGCCUCCUAGGAGAGUGGGGAUGGACAAUAUAUAGACUGCUAGUUGUACUUGAUGCCAAUCAUGUCUUCCGUCAGGAAUGUUCCCUGUGGGGCUGAUGCACAUACUGAGACUAUUGUAAAAAUCAUUGGGAGCAAGUAUGUCCGGUGCACUGUGGAAAAACCAAAACUCAAGGCAAAAGAGGCCACGAAAGUGGAAACUCAGUCUGCACUCCGGAAAUUGCCCACUUGUAAUACAAGACAGACACAUGGAAAUCCUCUGGGUCUCAAUAACCCUCUUUGUCAACAAAUCAGUUAUGACCUAGAUUAUGAAAGACGGAGCAGAGACAAAGAGAAAGAACACGAGUCUAAACAAGCACAAACAAGCAACAGCAGAUUUCUGGAUGGCAAAGUUUUAAAACCACCAAAUAUUCAUUGUGUGUCUGUCCCAUCGGGAGAUCAGUCUUUGUCCUACAUUCAUGCCCUCCAAAAGCCAUCCCUUAGAGCUCGGUCUUUAAGACAACAUGUAGGACAUCACCAGCAGAUCAUAUGCCGAGGGCCAUCAGAGUCACCCGAGGAAGAGGAUUCUCUCCUGGCUCUCGUCAGAAAUGAACUCCGGCUGGGUCCUGUUAGGUUAGCCGGGUUCGAAAAGCUGCAGAGAGAGCUUAAGACUCUGGAUCCCAUCUCUGGAUUUCUUCCUCAGUCCCAGCUGAGCUCCCUCCUUCUGAAGCAUGAAGUCCCUCUACAAUUACCAACUGUCAAGCGCCUCUUUGAGAGGUUUUCUGAGGCAAAUGACUCUGAAUUGGUAAAUUCUGAAAAUCUGAUUCAGUUUCUAAGACUAGCUGCAGCAGUUGAAAUGCAGAAUAUCAAGACAUGUGAUCUGGGUCUUCAAGCAAAGAGUGUAACUUUAAAGGAUCAAAGCAAAAGCUCUCUGGCUCCUGAGGACCCAUUACAGAUCUUGAAGCAAAUAUUGGAGGAAUAUAAGGGGGAACUAGACAUGGAGAAACUGAGCCUGAGUUUUCAAAAAGAAGAUAAGUCUUUCUCCGGCCUUCUCUCUCUCUAUGAGAUUGAGACUGUUUGCCAGAAGCAUAGACUAACUCUAACUCCUUUAUUGCUGGAAGCUUUGCUCAACAACCAUGAUUUGUGCAAACAAGGCAAAAUACAGUGGAAGAAGUUUGUGGAGUUGCUCAAGAAAGCUCAUUCUGAUGCGAUUCCUAAUUUGCCUGUUCCUGUGGGGGAAGUCAAAGAGGAAAUCAGUGAUGAUGUGGCUGCCCAUCUGGAAAACACCAAAGAGCAUGAAAUUCUUGCUUCCAAGACUUGGGCUCGAAACUAUCCCGCCACUGAAGGAAAAGAAAGACCAGCGAUCCAGUCUUUCUUCAAUCCGACUGACUCCAGUGACUCUGAAGAGCAGGAGGCCUGGAUAGACCGGUUCAGAAAACUAGAGAGAGCUCUUUAUUUGUGUGAUAUAAAAAACACAGGCAUGCUGGAAAAGGAAAAAGCAAAGCGUCUAAUCCACAACUACAACCUCAUCUAUGAUCUAUCCCUGAGUCCUCUGAAAAUUGAUCAAGCUUUCCGAAACUUCCGCUGUGGAGAAAACAUGCCAUUGCAGCCGGUGCUGCAGUAUUUAAAAGAGUUGUAACAAAUACUUACUAGACCAUUCUCACGAGUUCUGUUUUUCACCCAAUGUCAAAUUUCUCUCAGACUGAAUGUUGGUGAUGUCCUAAUUACUACAGCAUGUUAAUAACUCUCCAUACUCUAAAAAAGAGGAAGCAAAACCAGAAACAGCUGAAUCUUAUACCUGAGUGCUGGGUUUGAAAUAAAACUAAAUGGCCAUGAAGAGUCAGGGCUUUGGCUCUGAUACUUAGGCUAGGUCUACACUACCCGCCUGAAUCGGCGGGUAGAAAUCGAUCUCUCGGGGAUUGAAUUAUC